AUGCUUCGCGUCCGUUCCGCCUCGCCCUCGGCGUCAGGCUACUCCGGCACCGGGUUCUGGGCGGGAAUGGCUCUCGGCCGCGCGACGCUGGGUUUUGUCACAGAACGCUUUGGCGAGCGGAUCUGCAUCUCCAUCUACCUCGCCCUGUGUCUGGCGCUGCAACUCGUCUUCUGGCUCGUGCCGAAAUUCAUCGUCUCGGCCGUCGCCGUCGCUUUUCUCGGCUUCUUCCUGGGCCCCAUGUUCCCGGGCUGCGUGAUGAUGGCGGCGAAAUUACUCCCCAAGCAUAUCCACGUGAGUGCGAUUGGGUUUGCCAUGGCCAUCGGUGGCACGGGCGGGACCGUGUUUCCAUUUGCCAUCGGCGCGAUCGCAAGCAGCCAGGGCGUCAAAGUGCUGCAGCCGAUCAUCCUGGCGCUGUUGGUAGUCCUGCUCGGGUUGUGGUUGAGUUUCCCCAGGCUGAAGAAGAGGGAGUAG